GUAACAGUUUAUGAUAUGAAAUUGAUAUGAUAGCCUAUAAGCAAUAUCAAGAUGUAUUUAAGAUCUUUUAAGUAUAUGGUGAAUUAUAUGAUAUGUGUUGUCUCCAUAACGAAUUUAAAGAUAGGACAUUUCAAGUCCAAAGUCUCAGUGAUCUCAUGCUCUAUUGAAAUAUCCCAGUGACCAGUGGAGGAGCAGGCCGACAUCCUCAAGUAAAUCAACACUCAACCGAAUUUAGAACCUACAGCCAGGUUUUCCUAACCAGACAAAAUCCAAGUUGCUAUCUUCAGGCACUUGAACAAAAUUCCACUUGCAAUCUCCGCUCGGAGAUUGGAUCCUUGGAGCGUCGAAGGUCACCGUCCACCAACACCACCAUUAUUACGCCAUCACCAUGUACCGACGGGUCCGCUCGAGUGCCCAAUCGCCACUGCCCAGUCGCCGUCGUCGCUUGAGGAGCGGUCUGCAGCCGCCCGCUGGAUAUCCCGAGGAUGACCGCAUGUGCUGGAUUUGCCUGAACGGCGACGAGGAUCAGCCGCGCCGGGAUUGGCUGCAUCCGUGUCGCUGUCGCGGCACCAACAAGUGGGUGCACGAGGUCUGCCUGAGUCGCUGGAUUGACGAGAAGCAGAUCCUGGCACCGGACAUCCCGGUGACGUGCACCCAGUGCCGCACGGAGUACAUCAUAGUGAUGCCGCCUCUGUGUCGCUUCGAUGCCCUGCUGGAGCUGCUGGACAAGGGCUACGAGCGCCUGUGUCCCAGUGUCCUGAUGGGCAUCCUGGCGGCCACCGUCUACUUCUCGGCGGUGACCUACGGAGUUCUCACUCUGCUCGAGUUAUCUGGCCUCGAGACUGGCAUGCAGCUGCUGCAGGAGGAUCCCACCUUGCUGAUGAUCCUGCUGCCGUCGGUGCCCGCGCUCCUGCUGCUGGGCAGGAUGGUGCGCUGGGACGACUCCGUGAUCCACUGGCUGCGGCGUCACAAUCGCCUGGGCGUUCCCGCCGAUCACCUGGACCCGUCGGGCGAGCCUCUGCCCGGUGCUCCGCUGGACGAUGAGUACUUCGAUCAGCUGGAGCGCGAUCACCCGGGCUCGGAUGGCCAGCAGGGCGGUGCCCUGGCCACCGAGCACCUGGGGCGCGCCUCCUCCAGCUUCUGCAUCGCCCUCAGUCUGCCCACCGUGGCCGUGAUCCUGGGCCAGAGCCUCUUCGGGCGCUUCUUCGAGGGCAACAAGCUGCUGGGCAUCCUGCUGGGCGGAGUGACCUUCGUGGCCACCAAGGGAUUGGCCAGUGUCUACUUGCGACAGUCGCAGUACCAGCGGAAGCGCUACAGAUUCGUCAUGGACUACACUCCGGAGAAUGUCGCUCGUUCUCGCAAUCGUAAUCCAAACUAGUCCAGUCCAUCUGGAAUCCCUCUUGAUUAUUUAUUUUCUACGAUGGCAGCAAGUUCAAACAUCAGCCAAAGCGUAUUUUAAUAAAUACUAGACCAGUUUGCGAACUAGUCACGAAAAAUAGUCGAAA